AUUUUCCAGCGUCUCGAUGAUGUGUGUAUAUAUAAAAGUCGCACGGCAGAGUCCAAAAAUUGGGAUGAAAAUGAAGACACAGAGGUGGAUUUAGAGACUUUUAGCAGCAUUUAGGAGUCCAAGAAAAAAAUUUCUUGUGUUUUGCAGCCGUUUUCUGAGUUGAAUAGAAAAAUGGAAUCAACCCGGGUAGGUAGAGGGUUUGCAAACUCACGAGUGCCCAAGAAGGAAGAGAUUGAGUAUGGGAUGGAACAGGGUGAGGGUCAUCAAUCGCGUGUUUCUAGUUCGAGACGUACUCGUUCCCAGUUGGCUCCUGACUGGACUAUAAAUGACUCGCUUAUUCUUGUGAACGAGAUUGCUGCUGUUGAAGGGGAAUGUUUAAAUGCAUUGUCCACAUAUCAGAAAUGGAAAAUAAUAGCAGAAAAUUGUACUGCUUUGGAUGUAAGCAGGACUUUCAAUCAGUGUCGUAGGAAGUGGGACUCAUUGCUUUUUGAGUACAACAAGAUCAAGAAAUGGGAAUCAAGAUCUCGGAAUGUUUCAUUUUGGACUUUGGAAAGUGAAAGGAGAAGAGAGCUUGGUCUCCCGGUUGACUUUGAGAGAGAGCUAUUCAAAGCAAUUGAUGAUCUUGUGUCUUCACAAGAGGUCCGAUCUGAUACUGACCCGGGUACCGACCCAGAAGCAGAAGAUGAUAGGCUUGAGGUGAUUGCAGAAUAUGGGCCCAAGAAGCAAAAGCGCCGAGAAAUGCCACAAAAAACCACCAGCUUAGAAGAAAAAGAGCAAAUGAUGGUUAUGAAGCUGCGCGAGAAUGCAGAUCUUAUUGAUGCAAUAGUUAAAGGAAACCUGGUAGACAGUGUAGACUUUGGAUUGGGGGGUUCAAAGAAUCGAGAGACUCUCCAGGCAGAUUUUAAAAGACGUCAAGGCGACAAGCUUAUUGCCUGCCUCAGAGACAUCGCUGAUACCCUUGACCAGCUUCGCGAUAUAGUACAGAAAUGUGGAUAGUGAAUAGUUCUCAUAAAAGGGUUGCCGCAAAAAAAUUUCAGGCCAAAGGAGCCUUUGAACAAGCCUCCUGCUUCUUUCUUGUAGACAAUGGCUCUUUGUGUCAUAGAGAUGAAUUUGGGAAGAUCAAUAUAUGACUGACUAUUUUAUGUUA